GGUUAGCUCCUUAAAGGACAUAGUCAGCGCUGAUUGGAUGCUGCUUUCUGGCGGCAAUUGAAGCUGAGUUAUUUUUUUUUUGCGGCGUCAGUGGUAUUACUAGUGUAAAUAGGAAGUGGGGAAGAGUUAAGUAUUUCUUCCAAUAAAAUUACACUCAUUUAUAGUAAUGGAUGAAAUUAUAGUCAUAAGUGAUGAUGAAAAUGAGUAUUCACGAACUUUAAAUGAUUCCUCUGUGAUACUUGAAGAUUUUGAUCCAGCUGUUGAUCGUGAACAACAGUGCAGAAAUGAAGAAAUAGUUGAUGAAGAGUCUGGACUUUCUGUAACUUACUCCAAAAGAGGGGAUGUGUUGCCCCAUGCAAGAUAUGACUGUGCCGUUCACCCCUUCAGCUUUUCAGACAAUCAUAUGUGUACACCAAUGGAAAACAACAUGACAUUUUGUGAGCAGUGCUACUGCUACAUCUGUGGCAAGCUUGCGUCAGAGUGUCUGUCCUGGAUUACUCCUUCCAUUUGUCACUGUAAUGCUCAUAAAAGGAGUGCAUUUUGGAAAAUGGAAAGAGAGAAGGCUAGUUUAGGCAUACUUUUUGAAUUUCAUUUUGACCUCUUAGAAAUAGAUGCUGAUCUACAGGAAGCAGGCAAGUAUUUUGAUUAUUUUUUCCUGUUCUGAUCGUACGAAUGCCACAAUAAAAGUUUCUGUAUUCAAUACUGCUGACAUUUUAUGAUACUCUAUACCUAUUCAAUACCACAUCAAAGACGGGUAUCCCAUUCAUGUAAUUAAAAUGUAAUUGUUCAUGUGAACAAUUUUAUACCUUUUCUGUAAUAAUGGUACAAAAUAUAUAAAUACUAAUGAUAACAUUAGCUUUAAAAUUGUGAUGUUUUCUUUAAGUAUUUACCUAAAUAUCAUUUAAGCAAAGUAGUAUUGGCAUUGAUAGAUAUCAAAAUACAAUAUGUGGCUUGGGGGAUUGACAAUGGGGAUUCCACCUUCAUAACAAGUAUGGUUGAGUUGGUAAUAUUUUCAUUUAAACACUAACUGACUUUGUAAAGCUGUUCUUGUAGCAACAUUCUUUUAAAAUCUGGAUUGCUGGAGAAUUACUCUAACAGC